UUUUUUUUCGGGAAAAAAAGUUCCUUUCGCCCAAACAGGAAGGUCCUGACACGAAUUACCCUCUAUCAGUAAUAGAAAUAGAGAAACUAAUAAAUUCUGGAUAGUUUGGUUUCAAAACGUCCUGCCUGAGAAGGAGAGGUUUUGUCCAAUGUUAGUACGCGGAGGUGAAGCCACUCCUGGAUGUGGAAGUAAGAGAGGGAGAAAGAGCGUUUCUUCCCCCACCCUGUAUAUAUAAAGAAAACACACAGCGCUUCAUAAAGAAAUUAGCUUCAAGAUGGCGAAAGCGUACGAUUAUUUGUUCAAACUACUGCUGAUCGGAGACAGCGGGGUAGGAAAGACUUGUCUCAUUAUCCGCUUCGCCGAUGACAACUUCAAUAGCACUUACAUUUCUACCAUUGGCAUUGACUUCAAGAUCAAGACCAUAGAUGUCGGUGGGAAGAAGAUCAAAUUGCAGGUCUGGGACACAGCCGGACAGGAAAGGUUUAAAACCAUCACAACUGCAUAUUACAGAGGAGCAAUGGGCAUCAUACUGGUCUACGACAUCACAGACGAGAAGUCGUUCGAAAACAUCCAGAACUGGAUGAAGAGCAUUAAAGAGAAUGCCUCUGCAACUGUAGAGCGGAUGCUACUGGGAAACAAGUGCGACAUGGAAGGCAAGCGGAAGGUGCCCAAGGAUAAAGCGGAGAAGUUGGCCAAGGAUCAUGGGAUUCGAUUCUUUGAAACGAGCGCCAAGUCCAGUUUGAAUGUGGAAGAGGCUUUCCAGACCCUGGCUCAGGAUAUAUUGAUAAAAUCAAGCAAGAAGUCGGGCAUCGGUUCUCCUGGCUCCAAGACUCCGCUGGACAGUCCACAGAAAAGCAGUUCCUCCAAAUGCUCCUUGAUUUAAACCUAGUUAAUCCCGCGCACACCACGGACCUCCAGAAACACCUGUCUGACCAUCUGUGGAUAACUUAUUGAAUUCAACCGUCUGUGUGGGGAGGGGUCCGUCAGAUCAUUCUGACAUCUCAUGGUUUGUGUUCACUUGAAUCUACUCAUCUCCUGUCUCCAGCAACCCCUCUACCUCUUCCCUUUAUCUUUCACUUUUUUUCUUCUCCAUUCUUUCCAUUCUUGUGCUCCCUCUCCUUUUUCCCCUCUCCCCACCUCUCUUCUUCCCCUCUCUCACCCCAUCUCUCCUCACCCCCCAUCCUUCCUCUCCCCCUCCUCUUUCCCCACACUCUCUCCCCCUCAUCUUCUCUUUCUCUCUCUCUCUCUCUCUGACAUUCCCCCUCCCCAAUAUGUCGAGCCUGGAAGUGAGUGAUUAAUCAUUGCUCUGCUCUAGGUAUGUAGGUACAACUGCCAUUGAGGUUUGGAUGUGUCCACUUGCCCUUUAUGGGGGAGGGGAAGAUGGGGGUUGGACAUAAGCUGUGCAUCAGAACUGUGGUGUUUCUACCAGUGUAUUAUUCAGUGCAGUGUUACAAACUUUUACUUUAUCCUGUUUUGAAGAGCAAGACUUCCUUCAGCCUUAGAGUUACCUUAGCAGGGAAACCAAGUUCCCAACCGGCCACUUUGAAAUUCCCAAUCCACUUGCGAACAGAAUGAAUAUUCUGAUUACACAAUGAUGGGACCUGGGACGGAGGGUGAUUCUAUUCAAGCCCCUCCAACCCCCCCCCUCCCCCCAUGAACACGUAAGCCCCAGAAUGAAAAGAGAAAGCAGGAAGGUACUGGGGCAAAAGGUUAAUAGGUCAAUCUCAUCUCCCCCCACCACCACCCCAGCUCAUAAAUGCGAGACGUUGGAAAUGCAAACACAGGUGGAGGUUUGCAUUGGGCAGCACCUAUGGAGAGGAAUAAAGAGUCAACAUCUUGGGCUGAGCCCCUUCCUGAACUCUUCAUCCCUCUCCAUGCCUGACCUGCUGAGUUCCUCAUGGAUUUUGUGUUUGUUGAGCUGAUGUGCCUCAGUCAUCCAUCCUCUUAGACCAGUAGCCUCAGGUCAUGAUGGAGAAGCUAAAGACCCCAUGCCUGUGAUUCAAGAGAUGUGGGAUCUGCUGGAUUCCACCUGAAACCGUGGUAAAUGAUAACCUCCAUAGGCCGACCAUAACCUCACACUCCAUUUGACCAGCUCUCCCACCCCAGGACACUUCCUCUGUCACAGUGGUCUUUCUAAACACAAGAUGCUGCAGAUGCUGGAAAUCUGGAGCAACACACACAAAAAGCUGGAGGAACUCAGCAUCUAUGGAAAUAAAUAAACAGUCGGCACUUUGGGACUUCCACCAUGUCUGGAAAGGAAGGGGAAGAAGAAUAAGAAAGUGGGAGAGGGCGAGGAGUACAAGCUGGCAGGUGAUAGCUGAGACCAGGUGAGGGGGGAAAUGGGUGAAUGGGGAAGAGGGAGGUGAAGUAAGAAGCUGGGAGGUGAUGAAUGGAAGAGGUAAAGGGCUGAUGAAGAAGGAAUCUCAUCGGAGAGCACAGUGGACCAUGGAAGAAAGGGGAGGAGGAGGGGAAUCUGAGGAAGGUGAAGAGAAGUGAAGGGAUAACCAGAAUUGUGAAUGGGAAAAGAGGAGAGAGAAAUUACUGAAAGUUGGAGAAAUCGGUGUUUGUGCUGUCAGGCUACCCAGACAGAAUAUGAAGUGUUGUUCCCCCAACCUGAGAGUGGCCUCGUUGUGGCAGUAGAGGAGGCCAUUGACCAACGGAACUGAGUGGUCAACGGGAGAUCCUGCCUUUCGCAGCAGACAGAGUGAAGGUGCUCGCCGAAGCAGACCCCCAGUUGUGGCUUCUGCCCCCUUCCUUUCCAGUGCUGAAGAGGGGCCUGAACCCAAUACACAGAUGAAGCCUGACCUGCUGAGUUCCUGCAGCAUUUUGUGUGUGUGUGUGUGUGUGUGUGUGUGUGUGUGUGUGUGCGCGCGCAGUGGUCUUUAUGCUAGCUGUGGUUGGAGAAGGAGUGGCGUGUCCUGGGAGGCGCUACACCAAUACACCCCAGCACCAACGUGCAUUGGGGAGGGGGACUCAAUUAAAAGCCCUUGGCAGCUCUGGUUUGGGAGAAUGGGAGAGGAUCAGAAACGGGUAGUCAUCUCUAACCAGAACACCGUCAUUCCUAUGUUGCACCCACCAGUUGAAAUGCUGGCGGCCUCCUGUCUUUUUGCACUUCUACCACUCUGGUCAGCAGUUGGUCACCCCAGCUGUCCUGUAGAGUACGUCUCGUGAACCAGGGCAUCAUCUUUGAGAAGCAGGGAAACCUUUAGCUAGGUUGUGCUGACUGCUAUAAUGACAUUGGGCAAAGAUGGUCCGGAGUUUGAGUUGAUAACAGCAACACAAUAGAGCCCACAGUUUGGUGUGGGCAUGAGGAGAGAUAGCAGCACCAUUACUUAUCUUCUCUUGGCUGGAAUGUGCUUGGCAUUUCAAAUCCUUCUUAGUCGUAGAGAGGGAAAUGAGCCAUUCUGCCCUCUGAGGCCAUCAGCCAUCCAUCUACACACGUCCCAUUUUUAAUUCUCCCCACCCCAGAUUCUACUGUUAAGACCAACUAGGAGUAGGAUCAGCCCACUGACAUAGCUGAUCUCUUCCCCAGCCCUAUUCUCCCCAUAAUCCUUAACCCCAUGCCAACGAGAUCUUAUCAAUCUGUCUUCAGUACAUCCAAUGACUUGGCCUCCACAGGUUCACUAUUUCUGUUCUAAAGGGACGUCUUUAAUCUGAGGCUGUGCCCUCUGGUCUUAGACUCUCCCACAAUUGGAAACGGGCUCUUCAUGCCCACCCUAUCAAUGAGAUUCCUCCUCCCUCCCCCCUCCAUCAUCCUAAACUGUUAUAAGUGUACACAGAGACAAUGGGGCGAGGCUGGUUUGCACAAGGUACUGAGCUGCUGGUCACAACCCUCUGUGAUUCCUCGACCAGAGGAGAAGCAGGAGCUGGAGAGGUUUAUGACAUAGGAACACGAUUAGGCCACUUGGCCCAUCGAGUCUGCACCACCAUUCCAUCAUCACCCCUAUGGGGCGCAGGCCGCUGACGGCAGCUCACCAGAGUCCUCUGCCUUGGGCCAGUCUCUCAAGCUUACAGGUGACGAUCCUUCCUGUCCCAGGGAUGAGCUCUUUGCAGCUUCUGUUGGUAUUUCUGUGGCUCUGGGUUUUAACAGGAUGGGGUUACUAACCCCAUACCCAGCCCUCCGCCUUUCACAGCCAGGCUUGGGACCAUCCGUGGUGAAGUUGCUAUUCCAUCAUGACUGAAAUAUUAUCCCUCUCAACUCCUUUCUCCCCGUAACAUUUGACGCCCUGGCUAAUCAAGAACUAUCAACCUCCACUUUAAGUAUACCAGUGACUUGGCCUCCACAACCAUCUGUACCACAGUCAAUCUAAAGAAAUCCCUCCUCAUUUCUGUUCUAAAGGGAUGUCCUUCUAUUCUGAGGCAGGUCCUAGACUCCCCCAAUAUAGGAAACUUCCUCACUACAUCCAGGUCUUUCAACCUAUAUAGGUGUAAGGGUGGGGGGAACUCUGGUGCUUGAAUUGAAUUCAAUGGCAGAGUAAUGGAAGCCAGGACUACUGGAAUUAGAGGAGCUUGAAGACUUUGGAUAAGGUUAUAGGGGUCGAAAAAUGUCUACCAGCUUCAAAAGAAGAUAUACUCAGUAGCCACUUUAUUAGGUAUCUAAUCCCCAAUCCUGUGGCAGCAACUCAAUGCAUAAAAGCAUGCAGACAUGGUCAAGAGGUUCAGUUGCUGUUCAGACCAAACAUCAGAAAGGGGAAGAAAUGUGAUCUAGGUUUAGACUGUGGAAUGGUGGGUGGUUUGAGUAUCUCAGAAACUGCUGAUCUCCUGGGAUUUUCACACUCGACAGUCUCUAGAGUUUUCAGAGAAUUCAAUGAGUGGCAGUUCUGUGGGCAAAAAUGCCAUGUUAUUGAGAGAGGUCAGAGGAGAAUGGCCACUUGUUCAAGUUGACAGGAAGGCGACAGAAACAAACAACAGUGGUGUGCAGAAGGGCAAUGUGGUGAACUACAUAUACCCACCUGGACAUGCCCCCUGCUGACUGCUCCUGUGGCUCCUCCCACUGACCCCGGUAUAAAGGCCAUUGAGGCCUGAGCCCUGCCCUCAGUCUCCAGGAUGUAGUACGGUGGUCAAUUGCUGCUUGUUCUUUCUUCCAGUCAAUAAAAGCCGAUAUCUCGC